AUGUCUUUAUCCAGUAAAAUAAUAAUCCCGAAAGCCGCUGAAUUCUGGAAUACCUCGACUGAACAAACUAAUGAUGAGACAGUCCUAAAACAACACAGUUUCGUGUGGUAUUAUUUACAAGGUGUCAUUAUUGCAGAAAGGACACAAGGUCGAGACGAUUUUGAAAAUGACAUUAUUAAGCAUCUCAUUAUCGAUAAAUUCAACAUACAAUUCGAUGGUAACACAUCAUUGCGUUUUACAGCGGUUGUCAUUCAGAAAAAUCAAAAAGAUCUGUUUGACGAUUAUAAUUUACGCAAGAACAAUCUUACUUUUUUAAAAUCAGAUCUAGAAACAGUUACUGCUUUAGAUAUCGGUGCAUCUAUGACGCAUAGCAUUUACAUGUCACCUGAACUCAGUUGUCCAUUUGUAUCGUUUAAUAAAUCAGAUUAUGUCAUUGAUGUCAACAAUGAUGUUUUCCCACCAAAAAUGAUCAUUACUCUAAAGUUUCAGAGAGGGAAGUUGGAAUUUAGAGACACCGAUAAGCUCAUAUAUUUAUCUGUUGAUGAUAAAGAAAAUUUGCAAGUGUGUAAGCAAAUCUUAGACGGUAAAUGUUCCCAUUUGACGUCGUUUAUAGUCGUUCGAGACACUGCCCUAUUUCGUGCUCUGCAAAUACUUACCAUUGUGUGUAUCGGCUUGUCUAUGUUGUUUCUGGUUCUCACCUUAUUGACGUAUAUACUAUUGUUAGAACUGCGAAACUCUGCGGGGGUGAAUAUUAUCUGCCUAUGUUGUAGUCUAUUAUUUGCUCAAGCAUCUUUGAUAGUUGCUUCCCAAAUUAGAGAAACUGGAUACUUUUGUACUGCAUCUGCGAUAACUAUCCAUUACUUGUGGCUAAAAGUAUUUUGCUGGUGCUUUUCUUGUAGUUAUAAUAUGUUUCGGGUGUUUACUGCUAAAACUCGAAGCGCACGCUCUUCUAGUCGAUCCAAGAAAGAACUUUUAAUAAAAAUAUUUUUUUGUCUGAUUACUCCCGCUUUGGUAGUAAGUGGUGUCAUUGUGGGGAAUCUGCUGUCUUCUGGCUAUAAACGUACUGGAUAUGGACAUACAUUUUGUUCUCUAGAUUCACUUUUACUGAUGUAUUUUACUUUAUUAUUGCCCAUCAUGGGAAUUCUGUUGUCGAAUUUUCUUUUCUACAUAAUUUCUGUCAUCGAAAUUUACAAUGCUCGCAAACUACAAACUCCCGAUCUUCUGUCUAAACAAGAACUCAGUAAAAACAUCUUUAUCUAUCUCAAACUAUCCACAGUAACGGGAACUUUCUGGAUACUCACUGUCAUAACCGAAGCCACAAACAUCAACGCACUCAGAGUUAUCGCCAUUCUCAUGAAUGGACUCCAGGGUGUCUUCAUCUUCGUGUCUUUUGUCUGUAACAAGCGAGUCCUCAAAAUGUACAAACAGAAAAUAGGCUUCUAA